AUGGUCGGUACCUGGGAUAUUGAACGAGUGCGCAAGUACUUGCGUGACUAUGCCGGCCCCGGACGUCGCCCUCACCGCAAGCCGUUGGUGUUCACGGACCGGCCCCCCAGUGCGGAUAAAUGGACGGGCUUGCAGCUGUUCUGGCUCAACAGAACCGUGCGCUCGGUCUACAACAGCCCGGUCUCGUUCGACGUAUUCGAAGAGAUCGUGACCGGGUACUUAUUUACUCAACCGUGGCGCGAUUCGCUGAACUACGCCGACCACGCCUCCGAGCUGUGGCCGCAGAUGGUUAGGAGGUGCUUCGAUUGGCUGUGGGACGAUCCUCCGGAAGAGGGCGCGUGGAAGCCGGGCAUGACGGUGGAGGAAUGGCUUGUCGGUUGGCGUAACCGACAGCCGCGACGCAUCCUCGCGAGCGCGUCGAUAGAGGAACAAGAGGCCGCGAUGCAGCCCUUCGCGGAGAUCUGGUGGCACAACGACCGCCUGUUCGGGGGCGGUCCGGCCCAGUUUGACGAAGAUGCAGAUCACGCCGCGCUGAAAAACUACACCAUCGACAUGCGACGUGUUACGGCCCAGCAACGAGAGGACGCGAUUCUCGCAGGCUUGGAUUACCUCGUCAAUCAGGUCGAAGGUGCGCCGCGCGGCAGGAAGACGCGGGUUGGAGUUCGUGCUGUCGCCCGGAAGGCGGGACUCCCCGAUGCGACGCUGGACAAGGUGUACGAGGGCGCGGACCGCUGCGAGCGGUGUCAACGACCCGACAUGCCAGAGUGCCGUGUGCCCGCGACCGAUGUCCGCUGCGUCGCGUGCAUCGGGCGAAAGUUGGGCUGCUCAUUCAAGAAUAACAAUCGUGCGCGAGAGGUGCAAGGCCCUGUGGUACUGCGCGAGGAACGGCAGAUCGAACAAGACGAUGCAAUGGACGUGGAGCCCGAUCCCGAGACAGCAGCCAUGGAGCAACGGCUCGCGCAGCAACACGCCGCGCUGAUCAAGCUGACGCGACAGAUGGGCGGCCUGCAACGGCAGGUUCGCGGCCGUCAGUUGCGUGACGAGGACACCGGUUCCUCCUCAGAUUCCUCCUCAGAUUGA